AUGCUCAGGCCACUGGGUUGGGCAGCAGCCGUCAUUUCAACAUUUGUGGCCGUUGCGGCUUUCUUUUACCCAGCCGAUCCAACAACACUCUCAUUCUUUUCUUCAUCAUGUCCCCUGGCUUCCUCACAGAGCCUUGCAACAACCAAUAAGCCCCACCACCCAAGCUGGAAUAGCUGGUGGCAUCCAGAGCGCAGUCGAGGGGUACCGGCAGAACAUCAACUCGGCGGGGGCAGCACGACUGACGAUUGGAAUAUUUUGUAUCAUCUAGGUGGCAAUGGGCCAUGGAUCGAAAAAGUAUCCGACGUUGUGGAAGGUGGCAUUGCAGUGCCCGAUGGCUGUGUUGUGGAGCAGGUCCACAUGAUGUCGCGCCAUGCAGAACGGUAUCCUACCACAAAACAUGGUCGGCUGCAAAAGUCCGUCGUCGAUCGCAUGAAGAGAAGCGGCAAGACUUUUGAGGGCAGCCUCGCUUUUUUCAACGAUUGGAAACUUUUCUGGACAGAUGACAACGAUCUGGAACAAUUGACUGGAACAGGCCCUUUCAGUGGGACUCUUUCAGCCUUCACCACGGGGGUUCGCCUCCGCACACGCUAUCAACUCCUUUUCUCGAACCAUACUUCGUCCUUGUCGGAAGGACCUCUCAAGGUCUGGGCCAGCAAGUCUCAGCGCGUCGCCAAAACAGCUCUUCACUUUGUGCUUGGAUUCUUCAGCAGAGACCACGACGACCUUUUUUCAGCACACUUGACACAAGUAUCAGAGGAUGCAUCUGCCGGCGCAAAUACUCUCACUCCGGGUCGGACGUGUUUGGCCAACAAAAGAGACUUGAUACUAGGUUGCGCGAGGGGCUUGCGGAAAAGAGAUGAAUAUCGCGCCACAUACACACCUCCAAUUCGAAAGCGUCUGGCAGAACAAGCAGGCAUGACGUUCAAUGAUAGCGAGAUAUACGCUAUGCAGGAGAUGUGUGGCUUCGAAACGCUUGUCCGUGGCUUCAGUGAUUGGUGCAAUGUGUUUACACGCGACGAAUUUUUGGCCUUCGAAUACGCCCGCGACGUACUCCACUACUAUCGUGCGGGCCCCGGGAACAAGUACGCUGCAAGUAUGGGGUGGUUGUGGCUGAACGCGACAACGAAUUUACUUGUCCAAGGUCCAAAGUCGGGGCCCUUCUUUUUCAGCUUCGUGCACGACGGCGACAUAGCACCGAUGUUGACAGCACUGGAUAUCGUUAACGACGAAAAACACCUCCCGACCACACAUAUUCACCACGAUCGCAAGUGGCGCAAAUCACAAAUCUCUCCCAUGGGCGGCCGCAUCAUCUUCGAGCUUCUGUCCUGCGAUAUACGAGACCGAGCUGGUCCACAGAAGUUUGUCAGGCUCAAUAUCAACGACGGCAUCACGGCUAUUCCGGAUUGUAAUAGUGGCCCGGGGAAGAGUUGUCCGCUUGCGCAAUUUGCAGAAAGGACGAGGAAGCGGGGAGUGGAGGUUGGGAACUUCAAGGAAGUGUGUGGAUUGGAGGAAGAUGCUGCAGACAGGAUCACCUUUUUGUGUCAAUCACCAAUAGGGGUUCUGCAGGAGCGGGCGAAGUCUGAAACUGAUAUAGGGCGGAAUAUGGUGAAGUUGACGUGGGAGGAUAUGUAG